UCCGAAAUUUAUUAGCAGAAGGUUUUCGAGAAAUCAGCAGAGAGAGAGAGAGAGGUUUGAGAGAAAGAGUGUUAUCUGUAUUAAUGGCGUCGAAUUCGGAUCUGGGAUCGGCGGAUUUCGAAACACUGGCCUCGACAUCGGACGUCGAGCUCUUGAAGAGGGCCUGGCGUAACGAGAAGGCGGCGCCGGAGAUUCUUCCCUACGAAGCGGCUCUAAUCGAAAGAGCCAAAGGGCAGAUCGAAUUGGUGGAAGAAAAUAUUGAAGAUUAUGUGGAAAAUGGCAUCGACCCUCUGGUGGUGUCACUUUAUCAGAUGGAUUUGGACAGAACCCAGUUUCUACUGAGAUCAUAUCUUAGGGUUAGGCUUCUCAAGAUAGAAAAGUUCAUGUUCCACAACCUGAAGUCAGAAGAAGCUGAAAGCCGCCUUUCUGAGCAAGAGAAGGUGUUUGCUAAAAGUUGUGCUGAUGAUUUGGCAAAGCAUUUCGAAGAGAGUGUACUCCUUAAGUUGCCCGAGAAUUAUCAGUCAGUUCUCAAGCAGUCUCUUAUAAGUGAAGUGGAUGACAUGGUGCCGCAGCCGCAUUUAGAUACCUUUGUUGUUUGUAGAAGCAAGAACUUUGUCUCCCUAAACCUAUACGAAGAAGGAGAGAGCCCCGAGACUGUGGAGAUGGAACGUGGUGAUCUCUACUUCAUACGUUACAAGAUUGUAAAAGGAGCAAUCGAAUCUGGUAAAAUUGACUUAAUCUGAGCUCAAAAGCUAGAGACUACAAUGGAUUUUCACUUAAAUCUCUUUCCAUAGCAUAAGUUUUGGAUGGUGAAUUCCUACAUUGUUCAUUCUCUAUGAUCUUGAGUUGCUUGAGUUGUAUAGUGAGUUUUUAUAUUGUUUGAGUUUUCUAAUGUAAUGAUAGAAACUUAGCAUCCUUGUGGCUUGUGCAGUUGUGCCUAGCAGAGCUAUUCAUUUUCUUAAAAUAUUUAAUGAUAACCAUAAACGCAAGUACUUUGGUGCCAAACAAUAUAAAAACUAUAAGAACUUUGUCUCCC